AGUUGUUCCGACCACUGUGUUCUUUCCCGCCGCACCACGACACAUGGCCGCUGCGAUUACGCUUGGCUAAGCAGGGGUCAUGCCGUCACGUGCCAGCGCGCCGCUGCAUUUACGUCACGACGAAAUCAACCCUCGAGACAGAUAUUUUACUUGCGUGGGGGAGGAUGGACACUUGAGUAG